GCAAGUACCAAGUACUCGCCCCAAGUACUUACUGCUUCUCCAGCGAUCGUUUGUAGAGAAGCAGACGCUGAUACUUUGGACAAACUCUAACUAAUGUUGAACAAGACAUUGGCAAUGUAGUUGGCGACAAAAUUUUAAAGGCGGGACGUCCUUCUCUUCCUUUUCCCUAUCUUUGAAAUUCACUAACUCGAGUAACCACACCAUGGUUUGUAUUAAUCUCUAAACCAAUGCAGUUCUUUAGCAUAUACAACAGCGUCAUCUAGCGGACACUCUGGGUAUAGCAUGAUUAAGACGUCCUCGGCGUUGAUUGGUCAAUAACGACCCAAUCCAACGAUGCAGGGGGUCAUUUGCAAACAACCCGCGAAAAGUGAAAGUAGGCUAGCGUCGCGUCCAGCCUUGGAGGACCUUGCUCCAACAAAAACAACUCAGAAAAGGUCAGAAAACCGGCGAAACAUCGACUGGCAACUUGAAACUAGGCCGAAUUAUCCAAGAUCAUCCAACAUUUGGCAACAACAGCAGAGAUGGAUCCCACUCCACAGCCAGCUUCUGUCCCUGCAGUGGACCACAGUCUUGGAGAGAUGGAGUGGCAAGAAGAGGAGAAGUUCAGCCAGGAAUCAUCUGAGGACCAGCUUAAGUUUAGCCAGGAAUCCUCUGAGGGUGUCUCAGAUGAGAAUUCUGAGGAACAGGUGGCAGGUGCAGCGUGGGGUGUACGUUUGAGGGAUCCUGUUAUGGUAUCGAUGUGUAGGCUGCUUAAAGCCAUCUCACGCAGCGCCACUCAAGGUGCACACGACAUCAAGCGCAGUGGAUACAACAGACGUAACAUGGAUCUUCUGAAGACAUUGUUCGAUAGAGGUUACAGAAUAAGCAAAGAAGUUGAGAGGCUGUAUCAAGACAUUUCAGCUGUCAUAGCUAAUGAGGAGGGUACGGACACUGGUUCAGCUCAGGGUAACUAUGAACAUGCUGCCCCUGUUAGCUGCCAGAAGUUUGGUCCAGUCACUAUUCUUCUCCUGCAAAAGCUACUACCAGCUGCAAAGUCUGUUGGGGUUGUCUUUGUGGAAGUAGAAUCCAAUGGUCACCUGUCUAUCAUUGUAUGUGGAACAUGUUUUCGGGUUGGCACAAAGUAUGUGAUGACUUGUAAGCAUGUUCUUGAUUCAACUAUCAAAUAUCUGUCAGAAAAUCCAGGGAAGGCCUUUGUGGAGUUCAACUUCUUUGAAGACCCUUUAAGUCCCUUUGAGCAAAUAAGAUUCCUGAUUCAAAAAGAGGUUCCUUGGCACAGUGAUAUCAGUGAUCUUGACUACUGCGUGCUUGAAUUCUCAAUUCCAGAUGGCCAAAUGGCCGAAGUUCAGACAAUGCUGCCGGCGCUUGGUCCCCUGGUUUGUGAUGUAAAGCAUUCGGGUACCAUCACUUUGGUUGGGCACCCAGGCGGGGACCCCAAAGUCAUGGACCCAAGCUGCCCCUAUCCACACCCAGAUAUAGGGGUGUAUCUGAAGCACAACCCUCAGCCUACGGGAGACUUCUCCCAGCUAAUCGACCAGCGUAGGGUAACCUACUGUUCUGUGAUGGGCCAUGGGUCCUCCGGUGCCCCUGGCUUUGACAAGGAAGGAAACCUUGUGGUCAUGCAUGCUCGUGGGUACCGUCCGCAUGGUCAAAACGUAGAACAGGGAGUAAAGAUGACCGCUAUCAGGGAUGAUAUGAGAAACAAGUGUCCAGAACUGUGUGAAGAAUUGUUCCCUACACCACAGGGCGCAUCCACUUAGACAAAAUCUUAGAAAUACAGGGU